CUGCAUUGACACAUCAAAUACACAAUGGACGGCAUACAACUUCGAGAUGAGGCGGUCAGAGAUCGCAUUCGUGCUGCAGAGGAGUUUCUCGAUCCUCAGGAUCAGCGAGCGCGAAGCUACCAGGCUGAGAUCUUGCUCAUGCUCAAUCGCGGGCUGCGGAGAUUGACAGUCAGCAUCGAUGAAGUCCGACAACACAACCGAGAGAUGGCCGAUGGCCUUCUGAAUCAACCAUUCGACUGGACGCAAGCAUUCGACAGAGCCCUGUUCAACAUCGUCCAGACAUUACGGAAUCGAGCCACACAGCAAGUCGACGAAGAGACCAUGUACUACUGCGCAUUUGUCGGCAGCUUCGGCGAGUAUGCCUGCAAUCCGCGCACAUUAUCCUCGCAAUUUCUGAAUCACAUGGUUGCCCUGGAGGGCAUUGUCACAAAGUGCUCCCUGGUGCGACCUAAGGUGGUGAAGAGUGUGCAUUGGAACGAGCGAAAAUCCACCUUUCACUUCAGGGAAUAUCGAGAUCAAACGAUGACUGCGAAUGGGGCAGCAAGCACAAGUGUAUAUCCUACAGAAGAUGGCGAAGGAAACCCUCUCGUUACAGAAUACGGAUACUGCACGUAUAGGGACCAUCAAACGGUCUCGAUACAAGAGAUGCCAGAGCGAGCGCCUGCUGGUCAGCUGCCCCGCGGUGUAGAUGUGAUCAUGGACGACGAUAUGGUGGACAGGGUGAAGCCUGGUGACCGGAUACAACUUGUUGGAAUUUACCGAUCUCUAGGAAACCGCAACGCUGGUCAGGGCAGUUCAACUUUCAAGACGAUUCUUUUGGCGAACAACGUGAUUCUGCUUUCGUCAAAGUCCGGGGGAGGCAUCGCUCAGCAAGUCAUCACCGAUGGCGACAUCAGAAACAUCAACAAAAUUUCAAAGCAACGAAAAGUCUUUGAUCUGCUCUCCCAAUCACUUGCGCCCAGCAUUUAUGGACACGACUACAUCAAGAAGGCCAUAUUGCUCAUGCUACUAGGUGGAAUGGAGAAGAAUCUUGACAACGGCACGCAUCUUCGUGGUGACAUCAACAUUCUCAUGGUUGGUGAUCCAUCCACUGCAAAGUCACAAUUGUUGCGAUUUGUCCUCAAUACGGCGCCUUUGGCGAUUGCCACGACUGGUCGUGGAUCUUCCGGUGUUGGUCUCACAGCAGCUGUCACAUCUGACAAAGAGACUGGCGAGAGGCGUCUGGAAGCCGGAGCUAUGGUUCUUGGUGAUCGAGGUGUCGUCUGUAUCGAUGAGUUCGACAAGAUGUCUGAUGUGGACAGAGUGGCCAUUCACGAAGUCAUGGAGCAGCAGACCGUCACCAUCGCCAAGGCCGGAAUUCACACUUCUCUGAACGCACGAUGCUCAGUCAUUGCUGCGGCCAACCCUAUCUACGGCCAAUACGACACCCACAAAGAUCCGCACAAGAACAUCGCACUUCCCGACUCGCUGCUGUCACGUUUCGAUCUGCUCUUCGUUGUCACAGACGAUAUCGAAGAUAUGAGAGAUCGACAAGUCUCGGAGCAUGUUCUUCGAAUGCACCGUUACCGCCAGCCAGGAACCGAAGAAGGAGCUCCCGUUCGCGAGCAGGCCAACCAGACUCUCGGCGUGGGUCUGGAAGAGGAAGGAGACAACUCCAACAAGACCACCGAGCCAUACGAAAAGUACGAUGCCAUGCUGCACACGGGCGUGACAAUCACCAGAGGUCGAGGAGCGAACCAGCGCCGAGAAGUUCUCAGCAUACCUUUCAUCAAAAAGUACAUUCAGUACGUGAAGUCACGGAUAAAGCCCAUCUUGACAAAGGGUGCUGCAGACCAUAUUGUGGCUGCGUACAGUGCACUGAGGAACGACGAGAUGGAAGGCAAUCAGCGAAAGACUUCACCUAUGACUGCCCGUACGCUCGAGACUCUCAUUCGUCUUGCCACUGCCCACGCAAAGUCGCGAUUGUCAAAUCGCGUUGAUGAGAAGGACGCUGAAAUUGCAGAAGGCAUACUUCGGUUUGCUCUCUUCAAAGAGGUCGUUGAAGAUGAGAAGAGAAGACGAAAGAGAGCGAGGCACUCUCCUGAAGCAAUGGACACAGAUUCCGAAUCUGAUAGCAGCGAUGAUGAUGACGGUGGGGAUGUUGCUUAUCGAGGAGCGAAUGGUAGGCGAGCGACUCGCACCCCUGGUCGAAGUACGAGGGCCACGAACAGAACGAAUGGUGCCAACAGCCAUGCUUCCUCAAACAAUGCUGGAGCAGGCGCUGAAGAUGAUGACCAGAAUGAGGAGGAUCUUUACAACUCGACCCCAGCACGAACGCAACGCACGCAGCGCACGACUCAGACGAAUGGCGUUAACGGCUCGCAAGCAAGCAUGGCGUCCUCUCUUCCAGCUUCUCAACUCCUGCAGGACGAAUCGCAGGAGAAUGAACCACAAGAAGAGGCGCACGAUGAACCUGAACCGAUAUCAGCGGCUCGUCUCCAAACGUUCCAGACCGCACUUGGCCAGCUGAUUGACGGUCCACUGUUUAUUCAUGAUGUUGCAGAUGUCGAGCCACUAAUCGCAGCUGUCAACGGCAGACUACGAGGUGGCGAGACUCGAUUUGAGGAUGAGGAAGCCCAGAAAGCACUUCAGGAGCUGAAUGAUCGCAAUAAGAUCAUGCUGAGCGGAGGAAUGGUGUACAAGAUAUAAUGUUGAUGAAUGGCAAGGCGUUCCGGAUUUGGAGAGUGAAGGAUGUUUUGGACUGACGGUGAGCUCGAUACCAUGAAUUGCAUUUGAAGUUCAAGUUCUUUUCCAAUACCACCGAGCCGUGACAUGAAAUGGGAGCCAAGCCAAGAAAAGAUAUUCGGGUGCAUGGUACGACUGAGGUCGUGAAGGAACAACUAAGUAGUGUAGCGUCGCGAAGCAAGAACCCUAUCGAUAGGCGAUUAUGAC